AUGAGGAGGAGAGAGAAGCGGAGUGGAGUCCCGGAACCGGGGGGAAACCCGGAGCGAGGGCCAGAGCCGGGCCUGGGGCUGGGGCCGGGGCCAGAGUCAGAGCCAGAGCCGGGCCUGGGGCCAGGCACAUUGGCAGCCUCGGGCUUGGAGCGGGAAGCAGGGCAGCAGCUGAACCCAGACCAGGAGCAGGAGCUGGAGCUGGAGGUGGAAGCCGGACUUGCGGGGGUUGAGGGAGCUGGACUCAGAGUCAGGGUUGGACACGGGGCGGAAGCGGGAGGUGGAGCGGGAGCAGGCCGGGGGCGAGCCAGAGACCGGGGACGGAGACCCUACACCAGGCGGGUGUUCAGGAACCGUACGUCUUACCUGAACCUGAGCGAGGAGCAGUGUGUGCAGAGACUGAGCUUCAGCAGGGAGGCCGUGACCGAGCUGUGUCACCUCGUCCAAGAGCAGCUGCAGCCUCGCACCAGGGCCUGGACGGCGCUGCCUGUGGCUGUCAAGGUGACUGUGGCGCUGAACUUCUACACUACAGGCUCAUUCCAGGCGGCCAGUGGCCUCAUCAACGACAUCACGCAGUACGCCAUUCACUGUUGCAUCAGGGACGUGACAGAAGUGCUGUACUCGAAGAGGAACCAAUUCAUCAGCUUCCCCAUGGAAACAGAGAACCAGGAAGAGCGGGCACUGGGGUUCCGUCAGAUGGCGGGUUUCCCCCAAGUACAGGGUGUCCUGGGUUGUGCACACGUGGCCCUCCGUGCUCCCUAUGAUGACCCAGGCGUCUACGUCAACAAGAAGGGUUUCCAUUCCCUCAAAGUCCAGCUGGUGUGUGACCAUCAAAGGCGUGUGAUGCAGGUCUGUUCCCGAUUUCCUGGCAGCACACGCCACUCCUUCAUCCUGGAACAGUCCUCUGUGCCACCUCUCUUCCAGCCUGAGAGGCAGGCAUUGGGCUGGCUGCUGGGGGGCAGUGGUUACCCCUUGACCACUUGGAUAAUGACCCCCGUCAGGAAGCCCCAGACCCACCGUGAGCAGCAUUACAAUCGGAGUCAUGCUUCUACCCUGGUCACGGUCACACAGACCAUCUCACUCCUUAAGCACAGGUUCCGUUGUCUGUCAAAAUCAGGAGGCACCCUGCAGUACAGCCCUGAGCGAGUCUCCAAGUUCAUCGUUGUCUGCUGCAUGCUCCAUAACUUUGCCCUGCAAAGGAGGCAGGUGUUGGAGACAUCAGGGCCAGGAGAGGUGUGGGAGGAGGAGGAGGAGGAGGAUGAAGGGUCACCACAUCUUACUGCUGCCAUUGCCCUCCGACAGCAAAUCAUCGAGGAGGCCUUCAGCUGA